UGACGCGACUACUCACGAAAACCCGUUAUGUGACCCUAACCGCCAUGGGUCGCCACGGCUAAGCCUAACUAACUAAUCAAUCUUCCAGUUUUAGAGUGUUUUCUUUUGAAAAUGUCUUUUUCUGUUCAUUCCAAUCUUUUGAAACACAAGUAUCUCGUGUCAAAUUCCAUGAUUUAGUGUGCCACUUGGUCCACAUCGAAUCUUUUUAAAGUGAAGAAACUGUACGGAGGCCUAGUCGGACAGGAUGGGCAAAAUUCUGUCCAAAAUUUUUGGCAACAAGGAAAUGCGAAUAUUAAUGUUAGGCCUAGAUGCAGCAGGAAAAACAACUAUUCUGUACAAAAUGAAACUUGGGCAGUCAGUUACAACAAUUCCCACCGUGGGCUUCAAUGUAGAAACAGUUACUUAUAAAAAUGUUAAAUUUAAUGUUUGGGAUGUGGGAGGGCAAGACAAAAUUAGACCACUUUGGCGACACUACUACACAGGAACUCAAGGUUUGAUAUUUGUUGUGGAUUGUGCUGAUCGAGAUCGUAUUGAUGAAGCUCGUCAGGAAUUACAUCGUAUUAUCAAUGAUAGAGAAAUGAGGGAUGCUAUCAUUCUUAUUUUUGCAAAUAAGCAAGAUCUCCCGGAUGCUAUGAAACCCCAUGAAAUUCAGGAGAAACUUGGGCUAACACGUAUAAGAGACCGCAAUUGGUAUGUUCAGCCCUCCUGUGCCACAACAGGUGAUGGACUAUAUGAAGGACUGACGUGGCUCACAUCAAACCAUAAACUAUGAGGUGAGGUCAGUCCUUUCUCUUAGCUGCCAGUGGUCCAAGACUGAAAAUGCUAUCGUCCGUUAGACACUCAAUGAGAUUUUGUCUUUAAGUUCAAGCUUGGCAGGUGUGAUGGAUUGCAUGUUUUAGUAUGCAGGAUUGUCAGGAUGAGUGUUGUUUGUUGGGUUGGUUUUGUACUACUUUUUCCACAGCUGGGAGGACAGUUGGCAUUCUAGUUCAAACAAGCAAGUCAGUCUUUCCUGUUUUUUAACAAAAAUUGGCAGAACCAGUAGCUUUAUAUUUGUAAAUAUGAAGGUAUGUCUGGAUAAAAACACACGAACCCUAACAUUCUCUUCAGCCUUCAUGUUCUGGGCUUGUAGUUGAGAUUGUUGUAAUUUUAACUUCAUCAAUUUUAUGUGUUGGUUUUGUUGUACAUUUGAAUUAUGUUGAUACUCCGGCUUUUUCUCAUUGUGAUGUUUUGUGGCCUACCUACCGUACUAUUGUUUGUAUCAGAAGUUCAAAUUAUGCUGUAAAUAUUAUUGAGUGAACGUUUAAUGAGUACGGUUUCAGAUACUGAAGUUUGGGCGAGAAUAUGUUUGAGAGUCAGUUGUUGCCUUUACUUGUUCUUGCCAAUGUCAAUUUAAAUAGGAAGCCCUGCUCUUUAUACAUUUGUUGUAAAUGUAAAUAUAGAUAUUAUUAUCAAGUAUGGACCUUUGCUCUAGCAAGCAAUAAAAUGGGUUGUAAAUAAAGAGUUAAAUAUUUAUGUACAUUAAAUAACAUAAUUACUGGCUCAA